GAAGCAUUUCGGUAUCAAGAAACACCAAAUCGAGUCCUCAAAGUUUCUCUGCAAUUUAAACAUAACUUACCUCUUCGAGGACUAUCCGACACUUCCAGUCUAAAGCUUCCUCUUAGCACAAGAACAAGAUGUCGGACGGAGAAGAGCCUACUGUUGAGGUCGGUGCGGCCGAGGAGGUCGAAGUCAGUGCCGAUGCUGCCGCCGAGAAGGGCCAGAUGUCCGUCCUUGAUGCUCUCAAGGGCGUUCUCAAGCUGGCUCUGAUCCACGACGGUCUCGCCCGCGGUCUCCGUGAGGCCAGCAAGGCCCUUGACCGUCGUCAGGCCCACAUGUGCGUCCUCAACGAGUCUUGCGAGGAGGAGGCCUACAAGAAGCUCGUUGUUGCUCUGUGCUCUGAGCACAAGAUCCCUCUCAUCAAGGUCCCCGAUGGCAAGCAGCUUGGCGAGUGGGCUGGCCUUUGCGUUCUCGACCGUGAGGGUAACGCCCGCAAGGUCGUCAACUGCUCUUGCGUUGUUGUCCGUGACUGGGGUGAGGAGUCCCAGGAGCGCAACAUCCUCCUCAACUACUUCCAGACUGAGCAGUAAACGUCUUCACUUGAAGACCAAGUCUCUGCUGGCUUUCUAAGAGACGAGCUGGUAGAGUAUUCGGUUGGACAAGGGAAAGGUCAGGUCUGAGUUGGAGGAGCGCAUGAGGGAUCUGCUGCUGGGUUGGCGAGACCAGGCGGUGGAAUAGCAGUCCAGGGUCUUUUGGUUCCGCCGUAGCCAAAGGCUUGGGCUGCUUGAAGUAAAAGAAAAAAAAAAAGGAAAUAGCUGGCAACGAUAUGUGUAGUCUAGUUUCUCUCGCGCUGGAUAGCGAAUUGUCUAGCUUAAGAGGAAUAGAGGAAGCUGUUCCAGUCAUUUAACCAGUCCUGUCUUUUGCCCGUGAUGUAAGGAAAUUACAAUGUGUGAUGCUUGACGCUUUGCCCUGCAGAUGCCACAAGGACCAUGCAUUGAGUGACGGAUGUUAGAGAUCCUCUUCAUUUCUUCUCAAAAUCUAUGUACUCAU